CGGUUUCAUUUCUGCUUCUGCUCCGCGGGAGCGCGCACAGAGGUGUGCUGACGGGUAAACCACCGACGUGAAGCUGAGUUGCAGGUGUGGUGACUUGUAGCUACUCGACUUGUACCAAAAAGUAACGCAGCUUCAACAGACGUGACGUGUUGUUUUCAGUAUGCAGAGGGGUUUCCAGCUGGGCCUGCUGCUUCUGGCGGUCCAGCUGUUCCAGGAGGGUCUGGGAAACAUCCCUGCCAUCACCCUGGCUGUCCUGGGAUUCAAUGUGUAUCUUUACAUGUUCCCUGCUGCUCAACUGAUGAAGGCCUGCAUGAGCCUCCAAUAUGUGUACAGGCACAAGGAGUGGCGUCGCCUCCUCCUUUCCCCCCUGCACCACGUUGACGACUGGCACCUCUACUUCAACAUGGUGUCUUUCCUCUGGAAAGGCAUCAGGCUGGAGCAUCGUCUGGGUGCAGCCUGGUUCCUCUACCUGCUGUCAGUCUUCUCUCUGCUCACCGGACUGGUCUAUCUGCUGCUGCAGGCGCUGAUGACAAAACUCAUCGAGGACUCUGAUUCAUUGGCAGAACUUAUAGAUAUGUCGUCUCUCAGCAACGAGUGUGUCGUUGGUUUCUCAGGUGUCCUGUUUGCUCUGAAGGUGGUCAGCAACUAUUACAACCCAGGUGGUGUGACCUAUGUGUUGAAUCUGCGUGUGUCCAAUCGCUUUGCUAGCUGGGUGGAGCUAGUGCUGAUCUACCUAAUCGCCCCCGGGACUUCUUUGGUGGGUCACCUGGCAGGUAUCCUGGUGGGUCUUCUCUACACUGUGGGUCCAUUGAAGACCAUCAUGGAGACAUGUGCAGAGUUUGUAUCUUCAGAAGUAAAUACUCCACAGCCAAGACCAUACUACAGCUAUUCAGGCUACAGCAGAACUAGGCGAGAAAAUCGAGAAGAUCCACGGCAUGCAGAAGAUUAUACGACAGAUUAUACUUCUGAGUAUACAGACUCAGAUAUCGCAGGACUGACAGAGGAAGAGCAGAUAGAACUGGCGAUCAGAAAAAGCCUGAAUGACAGAGGACAAACCAGACCGAGAAGAGCUUCAAGUCCCCCUCAUGGUUACCAGCCCACUGAUGAGGACGUGAGUCCUGAAGAGAUUCUCAGGAGGAGGAGACUGAGGAGGUUUGACCAAGGAUUUCCCAGCCAGAGGAGAAGAUUGUAAAGGCAGAAUGAGAGGACACCUUUACAGUAUCUCAUAUUGUCAGUCUCUUACCUGCACUUCAGUCUACUACUUUGUGAUUUCAUGUUUCUCAUAAGGACUUUCCACACUUUUUGAAAAUGAAAAUGUAAAAACAAAUCUGGCAGAGGAGAGGGAUGUAUGAAGGAUUUCUUACUGAAUGGUGAGUAAAUAUCCAUGCUCUGGAAAGCAGCCCAUAAUGUUUGAUUUUGUUCAUGUUUAAAGGAAAACUAACAUUCUGCUAGCCUGUGGCUGCCCAGUGGUAACAAAAUCCACCAAGCCCUGUGUCUAAAUCUCACUAAUUAACUCAUUUAUGGGGGACCAAUUGCUUGGCUACCAGACUAAGAAGUCUUCAUUUUUAGCUGUUUGAAGUAAACUCAUGACACCAUGUCAUCUAUUUGCCAAGUAUGCACUGGAGUGAGAAAAAGCACACCACAUGGCAGAAUUAACGAGGCCAUACAGUGUACACAGAGAUGCUUUUUUUGUAAAAAUGAUAAUAUUACCACUCUGACUUUGUAAUAAGCCACACAAAACAUCUGACGGUGACCCAGGCUCAACGGUGAACAUUAGCUCCCUUUAACCUGAACAUAAUCAAACUUUAAGCAUAGAGGACUGGACCACUACAUCAGAAAACACUUGUGUCAUUUUGAGAGGCAAAGCCGAUAUUGAAGAGUUUAAACUGGUUUGUUGUAUUUUCAUUAUAUUUUUAGACAAUAAAGAUUUACUGCUUUCCAAAUUC